GAACAUCUUCCCCACCUUCUUCUUCUUCAACUCAAAAACUUCUACUUUUCUCUCUAGAUCAAAUUUUUUUUUUGAAGUUUGUGGGUUCUGAUCAUAUGUUCUUUAAUGGUUUGCUAUGAUUCUCAUUGGUGCUUCUUCUAGGCUUUUAGCUUUCUCGAGGGUCCCAUUAGUGUGAUCUCCUCAGAUCUGAUUGGUCCGAUUCUAUUCUUUUUAUUUUGUUCUGGAGAUUUUUUCUAGUUGUUGUGUAAGUUCGGAAACGAGACCAAGAAACCUUCAAUCAAAAAAUGUUGACACACGACAGAGAUGAAGAACUCUCUAUGUUCCUUGAGAUGCGUCGACGCGACAAAGAACGUAGAGGAGAAUCUCUUGUAACAGGAUCUGAUCAUUUAAGUAUCAGCGGAGCGUUGACGACUGCUGCUGCUGCGGCGCUCUCUGGUGUCUCCGAAACGGUGUCGUCUCAACGUUAUCCUCUCCGGAGAACCGCCGCCGAGAACUUCUUGUACUCAGAGAAUGAGAAAUCCGAUUACGAUUGGCUGCUUACGCCGCCGGGCACGCCGCAGUUUGAGAAAGAGUCACAUAGGAGCGUAAUGGAACAGAGUGAUGCUCCUAGUUCUCGUCCCACGGCUCUUAAAUCUCGGCUAGGGAACUACCGUGAAGAUAUCGUCUCAGGGAACAAUAAUAAGCCCCAAAUGUCAUCGUCCUCCUCUGUAGCUGGACUCAGAAGACCGUCUUCAUCAGGUAGCUCAAGGUCGACGAGCAGACCUUCUACACCAACUAGAAGGUCUACAACCCCAACCACCUCCACAACAAGGCCUGUGACAACCACUAGAGCUUCAAACUCUAGAUCGUCAACACCCACCUCACGUGCAACAUUAACUGCUGCACGUGCUACUACCUCCGCAACGGCUCCACGCACCACAACAUCUAGAUCAGCUACUCCAACUCGGACUAAGACUCAGCCUUCUUCCGCACCUUCUAAGAAACCUUUAUCAAGGUCGGCCACGCCAACCCGCAGGUCUCCAACCCCGACCGGUCCAUCAAUAGUUUCGAGUAAAGCUCCGUCUCGAGGGACUUCUCCAACUCCAACCCCAACCGGUCCAUCAAUAGUUUCGAGUAAAGCUCCCUCUCGAGGGACUUCUCCAACUCCAACUCCAACCCCGACCGGUCCAUCAAUGGUUUCUAGUAAAGCUCCGUCACGAGGGACUUCUCCCACUCCAAUAGUGAAUUCAUCGAAGCCUUGGAAGCCGCGGGAGAUGCCUGGUUUCUCUUUAGAAGCCCCACCGAAUCUGAGGACAUCUGUAUCAGAUAGACCAGUCUCAGCUACAAGAGGCAGACCUGGAGUAGCCUCAGCACCAGGCUCAAGAUCAAGUUCCAUAGAACGCGGCAACGGCCACACCAGUAAUGGCGUCGGACACGCAAGAAGACAAUCUUGCUCCCCGUCAAGAGGCCGGGCUCCUGUAGGGAACACCAACGGGAGCCUGCCAGGUGCACGUGGGCGAGGAAAGGCCAACAACGGCGAUAGCCCAGUGGCUAUGGGUAAUAAAAUGGUCGAGAGAGUGGUGAACAUGAGGAAACUAGGUCCACCACGGCUAACAGAAAGCGGCGGUCGAGGAACCUCGAAAUCUAGCUCUGCUUUUAACAGCCUUGGCUAUGGGAGAAACCUCUCCAAGAGCUCCAUCGAUAUGGCCUUGAGACAUAUGGAUAUAAGACGAGGCAUGACAGGGAAUCUCCGGCCGCUUGUCACGAAAGUUCCGGCAUCAUCAAUGUACAGCGUGCGAAGCCGGUCGAAUAGUGUCACCAACUCUCCGAUGGCUACGAGCAGCACUGUCAGCUCAUCCGAACCGAACUUUGACAACAUCAACAUUUUGUGCUUAGAUGGGAACGAUGCCGAAAACGAUGAUCUUCUUAGCGAGAGAAGCUUUUCUUCUCCGCGAGACCAGUUCCCCAAGUUCACAUCUUGAUCUAUAAUUACAAUAUAAAUCAUAUGUUUUUGUUUACUAUACUUAAACAACGUGUUUGUAAUCGAUCAUCCCUAAAGUCUAUGAAACUCAGGUAUCAAAUGUGUUUUGUUC